UCAGCUGAGAUGUGCAAGGAGCUGUCUCCUCGAAUUGUCUCAAACCAUUUUGCCAAUCUACGUCUUCAGACCAUAAAUUAGCCUUAUUACAAGCAGUUGAGCACAGAGAGUGGGACACGGAAAUUAUGUGCUGGGAUUAAGUAUGCAAACCUCCCACUCACAGAGGUUAAGUGCAGGUGGAGGGCAAAACAUCUCGUAAGCUGGGGGAGAUGGGUGCUCUAUUCUGCCAGCUCCACGCGCCUACACACGUAAAAGGAUUCGUACAUGCCGUGAAUACCGAAGGAGGCAACACAGUGAAAUUGCGGAGGCAACGUGGCUGGGAUUAUCACUCUUUGGCGACAGUAACGUGUUACGCACUGGGUAGUUUAUCUCUCAUUCAUCAGAAGCAGAAAUCACGACCUUAGUCUUCUCAAAGCAGCCCGUUCUUUUGGGGAAAUAAGUGUCAUUGUAGGGGUUGCAGCCAACAGCGAUGAGCGUGGAUCCACGCUGCCUCUCCUUCAUUGGGUUCCUAUAAUCCGCACUGGUGUUGUCUUCUCGACAGACGGCCGUCGCAAGCAUGGGUGCCGUCGCCAUUGCAGGUCUGUACAUAGUGCUGUGUGCCCUGACACCAAGAGGCCUCACCUUGGACUGUAAAGAGGCUCAAGUGCAGUGUAACGAGGACCAUACAUGCGCAGUCAUAUUGAUGAUGGUCCCGGACCUAUGCGGAAAUUCAGCUUCAGAGACAACAUGUGACGCCCCAGACAGAGUGCAGUGUGAGGGAAUUCUUCAGAUCCUGCGACAGAGCCAGAACUUCAGAGGGUGUAGUUGCGACCCUGAUGAUGCCGUAAGUUUCCAGGAAUGCGAGGCUGUUUACUCCCAGCUCUACAAGAAACAGUGCUCAGAUUCCGGCCAGGCAGACGAGCAAGAGAUGCCGACUGAAACCAUGCAAGAUACCUCAGCUGUUUCUCCAUGGCAGUACCUGGACCAUGUCGAUAACAUUCAAGCUGAACCAAGCAGAGAAAGCACCUGCAUAGAAGCCCUGAAUACUUGCAAUUUUGACAUCACAUGCCGUCAGAGUCUCUACGAUUACCUGACUGAAUGUCGAGGCGACCCAGCGACGAACUCGUGCAGAAGAACUGCUUGCCGUCAGUCCAUACGCGCCUUCCUGGAUAGCGUGUCACCGCGUUAUACCCACCCCUUGCUUUACUGUUACUGCGACCGUCAUGACGCUGAGUGUGAUAUGGUGUGGCGAGGUUUGAACGCCGAAUGCGCGUACAAACUAACACCGCUCCCUAGUUGCUUGGAAGUUAAAGAACAGUGCGCUCGCUCUGCACUAUGUCGCACAAAUUUUGAAAACUACAAAUUCCAGUGUGCUAUCAGCGACACAACCGGGACAGGCUGCGCACAGAGCUACAGCGCAUGUCGGGAUGCUCGACUGGGAAUUCUGGGAACAAUCGUGGCAGCGAGUUGCACAUGUCGAAGCGUGGAGGGAACAGCGCUAGAAGAAUGCAAGGAACAACAACGCAUUGUUCUCGAUAACUCGUGUUUCACCAGAGCGAGCCAGGACUAUUACCCAUUGGUUAAGAACCAAGAUAGUGCUCAAACCACAACAGAAUCUCUAGCCAUUAUCAACAAGCGCGUCAAAUCAAAGGAAGGAUGUGCAGUGAAACUAUGGAAUGGUUACCCAGACGUGCAUGUCCCAAGGGGUCAAAACAUUCGGAUUGCGAAUGAUGACUUUGCAGUAUGCACCCAAAUCUGCCGUUGUAUUAGGACUGGAUAUCUAUCUCAGUGCUUCGACGUGCUGUGCAAUGUGACACACCCCUGUAACGAAGGCAGUCGGUCACCUCUAAACUAUCAGGCUGUACUUUCCAUUGCAGCUGUCAACUUACUUCAUGAAGGAUCCCAGGAAUGCAUAUGCACAGGUGGGGAACAGGUCUGCAUUGACAAGCAACGCAAUUUCAUUGACGUUGAUAAGCCUGCAAUGAUGAUUGGAUACAGUGUUAUGGAAUAUGAGGUCAUACGUCGUCAACUACACGUUUCGAUAACUUCCCAAAGCUUUGUAUCGAAACUACAAAGUGCACUAUCGGGAGUUUUCAUGCGCAACCCUUGUAAACUGGCAGCUGUCAAUAAAUACUCUGUCAAUGGUACCGAUUUCAAUGGAACCAUCGUCAUCAGCGCUCAUUCGGAGCACAGACAGAACUGGGAGUGCUUGAACCAGCUAAGUGACCUGGCUACCAUGAUUAAUACCAGAGCUCCACCCAUUUCUAGUGACGUCAUCCUUUCCUUGAUCAAGAUUGCUGGUAUUUUGGAAGUCGCCCCAGAGACACAACAGGGACAGCCUCAAACAUUUAGUUACAGUCGCUCUGCUGCAAGUCUUGUUCCGGCAUCGCACUUCUUAUAUCUGUGUUUACCCUUCUUCUUCCCAUUUCUCACAACCAUGUUGAAUUGACUGAAAGAGAAAACCAAUUCAGUGUCCAUGUUUUCGGGGACACGUAGCUAUGACUGAUGUAUGGUAACCAUCGAGAUCCGUACGCAGAUAACUAACACUACUUAUACUUUAUCUUCCUAAUAAUCAAACGUAAUCAACUAUCAUAAUGGAGUUCAAAUAAAAAGUUAAAGGGAAGACGAGUAUUAACAGGUGAAAAGUGUAAGGACCUACGUGAAUUAUGACAAAUAUCUUGCUGUGGUAACAAUGAUACGAUGAAGUUAUGCUGAAGUGUUUUAAUUUAGACAAGCCACUAAAGUGUAAUAUAUUAUUAUUCAACAAGUGCUUAGCGAGCGUGCGACGGUGGCUGUGAUACAUUUCUAUUGUUGGGUUUCUAGUGUUUUGGACGUUUUUCUGCUCCACUGAGAAUAUAUUUUCGAUAUUUCUUAAUUUCUACGAAAAGGGUAUUUGAAUAACAUGGAUUUAGAUUGAGUGGAUAAAUGUUUCAAAAGGUAAACCAGAAGAUGUAGUUAUUUUUUCCAUUAAAGAGAAACUGCUCGAUCACCUUCCUGAAGCGAUGGAAACUGUAAAGGUAGGUUUCUUUUUCAAAAAUGAAGCUUCAUAACUUAAUAUCCUAACUCCAACAGUAGCGGCAGAAGAGGUUAUGAUGCAAAAAUAGUUCUACAAGGCGAGCCUCUCGGGCUUUGACGCUAGAGAAUACAUUCUGAACAGUUACUUUGUAUCAAAACGUAUGAGGACCCUCGGUUCAAUGUAAAAUGUACCGGUACCAAAGGGAUUGUAGGAAAACGAGCGUAUACUGUGAUGUGUGUAUUUUCCCGUCAUUUAUUCGUAUUUUGUGCAUUCGAUGUUAACUAUCUAAAAAUAAAUACACCUCAAAGACGGCUGAUGUAUGCAACAGGUCUACAAAAAGAAAUGAUCAUAGCCUGGUCCCGUUAGAUCCUGAAAUUACGUGGCCUCGCAUAAUGUCAUUGAUUUUUGAGACGAGUGGGCAAAAUUUGAAAUUCUAUAUUAGAGCAAAGUUUGUAAUAUAUAAUCACAUGUGACGAUAUAAUAUCACGUGAGAUGGGAUAUAUAUUUGUAUUUGUAUUAUAUGCUAUUUUGUGUACGGCAUCGUAAAUAUAUCAACGAAAGUUAUGUGUGGAAGUUCGGAAUAAACAGGUUGCACUGGCUUUUUAAAUGU